GCGUGCGUCACGAGAUGUCACGAGACGUGACCGUGAGACGUGACUCGCCGUCUUCCUGGCGCAGAGGGUCGAGCUUGUUUUCCCCAACCGUGACAUCGCCGGAAAGCGAGCAUGCGAGCAGUAAUCCAACGUGUGGCAUCUGCCUCCGUAGCAGUGGACGGGCAGGUGAUUUCUCACAUAUCCAAGGGCCUCAUGGUUCUCGUCGGAAUAUCGCGAGGAGCAGAUGACACUGCUACCGAUGUCGCGACACUGACAAACAAGAUACUUUCUCUACGUGUGUUCCCCGACUCGCAAGAUCCUUCCAAAGCCUGGAAAGCAAACGUUAAAGACAUCGACGGAGAGGUUCUCUGUGUUUCCCAGUUUACUUUGAUCGCAGAUACCAAGAAGGGCAACAAACCUGAUUUUCACAACGCCAUGACGCUCUCCGGAAAUUAUACAAAGCCGAGAAGAUACAAGGUUCGGCGGGUGCGAGCAUUCGAGCGCGCUGCGGUCGCUGACACUACGACGCCAGACGGCAGGUUCGGGGCGAUGAUGGAUGUGGCGCUCACGAACGAGGGUCCGGUGACAUUCACGCUAGAUUCGCGGAAGUUUGAGUACGUGCAGGACGGCGGCGGCCAGAAUCGACUCGGCACCGCAGAGGGACCGUCAGAGAAAAGCAUCCGUGCCAAUGUGUCUGCAACGGCCACUUGAGAUCCGCGUCUUCCUUCGAGUCCUGUCCGGCAAGUCGAGCGGCGCAUGCGAUUGGAUGGACUGGGAUGGGAUGCUUCGGGCCCGCUCCCCACGGUAGAUCGUAACUGAAUGAAUGCAUUCCGCUUCUGCAGGCCGCGCACCCAUCGGGAUCAGGAUUCGACUUCCGAGCGGUCUGAAGCUUGAUAGAUUGCUCUCCCCUGCUGCGGUUGAACGAAGAGCCGGCGGGCUUCACUCUCCGUGUGUCUCCUGUUCCCCCGGCGUUUUCUCACUCGCAAACAGCCUGAGAGGAAGCGUCUGCAUACGAUGAGCUUGGCAGGUCGCUGACCACUGAUCGCGCGACAUCACAGGAAAAAUGACUCCAAUCCUCCGCGACUUCUCGGCGGCGGUAGCCGAGCACAGAGAAUUUGUAGCACUCGUGCCACGGACCAUCCUGUCCAGUAAAGCAUGCGCAUCUAAU